CAUGGUUUAUAACUUUUUCAAGGAAAAUUAAUCGAAGACCUUCCUCUGACUUCUCUGAUGCCCCACCACUGUCCCCUCAACCCUGCACUCCCUUCUUACCUUUGCUUUCCCAUAAUUAAACAUCAAUACCCACGAUCUCUGUGUCUGUCUCUCUCACUUUCUCUCUCCCCAUUUACUCUUUCUCCGUGUUUGAACCUUUUUCAGUUAAAAAAAAAAUGAAAAAGGAAUCUCCUCUCAUCUUACCCUCUAUUAGUGUUCCGGAAACAUAGAAAACUCAAACCUGUUUUGUCUUUUGAUAAUUAGCCAUACAAGCAACACUGCAAGUAGAUGUCUCCAAUUUCAAAGCAGUUUUCAGGUGAUUUCGAAAGCAAGCCACUUCCAACUGAUCUUCAAACUCGAAAGGAUAUGUUUCGCAAGGAGGAAGAUGAAGCAAGAAUCUUUCUGCAUGCAGUUCUCUGUUUUUGGAUAUAGUACUAGAGAUGUUAUUAUCUCCCUCCUUUAACUGCGAGUCCAGGACUGAAUAAUUCUUCUGCUUCAAAAUCUUAAUUCUGAUGGUUGAUUACUGCAUUUGAUUUACAUAUCACCUUGCAAUUUAAGCACAGCCAAGUCAUGAUGCCAAACUUGGAUCUUGAAGUGGAGGCUUCUGCCGAAAAUGAAUCUGAAAUUAUCAGCCAGGUUGCAUCCAACAUAUUCAUUCAUGAAAUAUCUGCAGGUCCUUCUAGUGACAGCCUCAACAACGCAUCUGACAACACCAAUAAUAUUGGAUUUCGACUAAACAAUGCAGAUCCUCUUUCACUUGACUUAACUCUCAGCUUCAAUAACAACGAGGUAGGCCCCACUAGAGACUCCGUAGGACUCUCAUUCUCAAGCACCAGUGAGAGUAGCAAUGAACCUGCCUCUCAAACCACUUCAGCCACCAUCCAAAGAGUCUUCUCUUGCAACUACUGUCAGCGCAAGUUCUUCAGCUCACAGGCUCUUGGUGGCCACCAGAAUGCACACAAGAGGGAAAGAACACUAGCAAAGAGAGCUAUGAGAAUGGGCUUUUUCUCUGAGAGGUAUGCGAGUUUAGCAUCCCUCCCUCUUCAUGGCUCUUUUAGGUCCUUAGGGAUAAAAGCUCACUCCUCAAUUCACCAUGGCUUUUCACCAUCAAUGAUGAGGCCUUAUGAGAUUAAAAGCAAUUCAAGAUUUGAUCAGGGUUAUGUUGGAAUGCCCAUGUUCAUGGAGGAUGAUGAGGCGGAACUGCUAUGGCCUGGUAGUUUCCGUCAGGUUGGAGAGGUAAGUGAUAACGAUAAUACUCAUCAUCAUGAUCAUCAUCAGAAGUUCGUGGUCACUGGAAGUUCAAAUUUGAGUUUUGCAGAAGUGAAUCCAGAAGUACACCUUGAGCUAGAGGACUCCACACCGGAUUUAACAUUGAAACUUUGAAGGAGUUGGGUUAUCGACUUAAUUAUUAUAUUUUUGUACAGUAAGACUUGGAUGCAAUAGCAAGAUUGCCAGAUUGAUUUUUAACACUAUUUGGGCUUUUCUUUUCUUUUUUCUUUUUCUUCCUUCCACCUAGGAAUCCCUGCUUGGGUGUUUUACUCCUGGUUUCUCCUUGUAUAAGAGCUCUGAGAUGAUACUUUGGGAGCUUCUAUGCUUGUUUUAUAAAUCAUGCUUUCUGUUUACUGUA